AGGACAACAGGAAGUAAAUUCCCUCUGCUGUCAAAGGGAGACGCUGAAGCGGUGGGUAGUGUGGGAGGCAAAACCCAUUUGGAUUAUUUUCACAUCAGUGCGUACGAAUUAGUUCGUUUAUUGGACGAAGUAACGCGUAAUCAGCUAACUACAGCUGUGUUUUUUUGAAAGAUCAAGAUCUGUGGUGAGUCCACCGGCUUUCAUGCUAGGUAGCAUAACGCCGGCGGCUAGCGUCCAACAAUGCUACAGUUAGCUAGCUUAAGUAAGCUAGUUCAGUGAAAUACGCGAAGCCUGCAGUCGUGGGUGAAGAGGGAGUGGAGAAUGCUGAAAUGAUUCAGCCUACCACAAAGUACCGACAAUCUUAACCGGCAUUUACAGCAGAUAUGUUCUGUGUUGAAACUACUACUCAUCAGUUUCCCGGCAGGGUGGAAAAGUCACUGUUCUGUGUUGCAAUGAGGAGCAGCAGAGUCCAGCUCUGACAGCUCAGAGAUAUGAACUCCGUUUCCCCCAGUGCAGCGCAGUACGUAGGGGGGGUGAUGCAGGAUGAGCCGGUUGAGAGCCGAAGGAAGCAGCCCCUGGAGCGGCAGGGCAGCUUUGGUCCCAGACCGCCACAGGCACCAGAUCCAAGCAGAGAGGCAACUGGGGAGCCUGACGAGAUGGACAAACUGAAAGCCAAACUGGUGUCAGCAUGGAACAACGUCAAAUAUGGUUGGACCGUUAAAUCCAAAACGUCUUUCAACAAGAUAUCACCAGUCACUGUCCUGGGACACUCCUAUCUGCUCAACAGUGAAGAGGAGGUGGAGCGGUUUCGUCUGGCUUUCGUGUCCAGGAUUUGGCUGACCUACAGGAGAGAGUUCCCUCAGCUGGAGGGCUCCACCUGGACCACAGACUGCGGCUGGGGCUGCAUGUUGCGCAGUGGGCAGAUGCUGCUGGCCCAGGGACUCCUGGUCCAUUCGAUGCCCAGAGAUUGGACCUGGCCGGAUGCUCAACAGCUCACUGAUGUGGACUUUGAGGUGCUCAGACCGCGUUCUCCAGCCCGGGCUGGAGGGGUCCCCAUCCCCUCCUUUGGUUCUCCACGAGGAUCCAACACCCCUGAAAAAACCUUGCCAAGUGAUCAGGCACCCAAAUGCAUCCAGAAAAAAAGACCUGAAUCUGUGAGGGACAGGCAGGCAGAGCCCAUCCAUCACAGGCUGGUCAUCUUGUUCGGGGAUCAGCCCUCAGCGCCUUUUGGGAUUCACCAGCUGGUCGAAAUUGGCAAAAGUUCAGGGAAGAAGGCUGGUGACUGGUAUGGCCCCUCUAUAGUGGCACACAUACUACGGAAAGCAGUAGCCAAAACAUCUGCAGUCCACAGUCUGGCUGUAUAUGUGGCUCAGGAUUGUACAGUGUACAAAGAGGAUGUGGUGCGUCUAUGUGACCUGUCUCUAAGCCAGGCUCCUCCUGAUCCAUCCAGCCCAGCUUGGAAGUCUGUCAUCAUACUGGUCCCUGUGCGGCUCGGAGGGGAGGCCCUCAAUCCGUCCUACAUCGAAUGUGUCAAGCACAUCCUAAAGUUGGAAUGUUGUAUUGGAAUCAUCGGAGGCAAACCGAAGCAUUCACUUUACUUCAUUGGCUUCCAAGAUGAGCAGCUGCUGUAUCUGGACCCUCACUACUGCCAGCCUGUGGUGGAUGUGUCGCAGGUCAACUUCUCGCUGGAGUCAUUCCAUUGUAGUUCUCCCAAAAAGAUGCCCUUCAGUCGCAUGGAUCCCAGCUGUACCAUCGGCUUUUAUGCCAAAAACAAGAAGGACUUUGAGUCUCUAUGUUCUGCUGUUACUGAGGCCCUGUCAUCAUCAAAGGAGAAGUACCCCAUCUUUACCUUCGUAGAGGGCUGUGGUCAGGAUUAUGGACUUGAAGGCCACAGCAGUAGUAACAGUGGACCUGCAGCCCACAUUCUGCCCCCAGGCAAACUGAGCAGGAGUAACAACAGGAGGAACAGUGAUGAGUUUGUCUUCUUGUAAGCAGGAUGCUCUCUCCAGUUUCACCCAUAGGGGGCAGAAGAGGACAUGUCCUUUCCUUUCAAAGGGAAGGACUCGAUUCUGCUGAUUGUGCAGCUGCAAGGUGAACUUGACGCUUUGUAUUUUUUUUUUUUUAUCACCUUCGCUGGUCAACAGAAAUAAAAUCUUUAUUGCUUCUGUCAUCACCUUUGUGUGGAUGGGUAUUAUAAGCUAACAGGCAUUAAUGGGUUCUGACAGGAGCAUUAUUUUACUGGGAAAAGGCAUGAUUUCAAAAUGGAUCAUGGUUAGAAAUGUUUCAAGUACUUGAAGUGUUUUUGGUUCAUGUUAUCAGACACCUAAAAAGCCUCAAAGUUGAUGUGUGAGCAAAAUCAAAAGCACUCUGAAGUACUCCAAUUACACUCAGCUACUGUGUUCUUGUCCUGGUAUGAAUUGGACGGUAAUGUUUGGUCGACAUGUUAUUCAACUUGCUUAUUGGUCAGGUAGGUGGAGCAUUGCCUGAUAAUGUUUGACUUGUAUUAUACCAUCUGCUGUAUAUUUUAUUUUCCAUUCUUUACAGUUAUUUAUCAGGUUUAUGAACGUGAGGUUGCCUGUGAGUGUGUGUGAGUGUGGCUUAGUGUACUUUUUUUGUCUUUUGAUUAGUGUAAUGAUGUAUUUAGGAGUGUGACGUGUUGGGUUUAACAGAGGUUUCAAGUUCUUCCAGGAGCAUCUAGAGCAGAUAUAAGUCACUCAGUCUUACCUGAAUAAUACACAGAUGACCUUUGAAAGACUCCCAAAUCUGUUGUGACAGGACUCAGGCUGGGGAUGAAGAGAAAAUGAUUCCUUCAGUUGGAGUUGAAUGUGCAUCUCCACCUGUUAAACUGUGGCUUGUCUCCUGAAGGAGUAUAAUAAAGUUAUCAGGAUAUAUUUGCAAAGUAAAACCCAGAACAGCACUUUUUGACUUCAGUUAAGGGUCUUUUUUUUCUUGAAAAAGUCACACAGUCAAUACGAAUGACCCAAACUGAAUGGAGUUUUUGUCUGAUGUUCCAGCUUCUGUUUUGUUUGUCCUUUUUUAUGUGAAGGCCACUGCUGCAAGUUGCACUACUACUGUUGUAAGGUUUGUUGUCCUGAUUAAACUUCAAACACUGGAAUCAC